AUGGAGGAACUCAGAAAAACAGUGUCCGACGUAUCGGAAUUAUUUACUUCUAAGAUGGAGCAGUUCCAACAGCGGUUGGAUAAUGUCAGCGGGACGCCAUCCUCACAAGGCAACAAUUUACUGGCAACAGAGUUUGAAGCCUUCAAAUCAUCAAUAUUGUUUUGUCUUCAAAAUCUCCAGGUCCAAGUAGAAAUGCUGUACAAGCUGCAGGACGACCUGGAAAUGCGAUCCAGGCGUAAGUUUCUUCUUUUACAUGGCGUCAUGGAGUCCAAGGACGAAAGUCCUUCCUCUAUAGCCAAAAUGCUAUCAGUGCUGCUGAAGUGCCCGGAUGUAUCGGCUGACAGUAUAUCCAGAUGCCACAGGUUGGGUAUCAAGAGGGCCGCUAAGACUAGGCCGGUGCUCAUCAAGUUUCGUCAGCAUCAACUGAAAGAACAAGUCUGGUCCUCUAAAACCCAUCUCAAAGGCACAGGCAUUACCCUAUCGGAGUUUCUUACCAAAAGCCGCCACAAUUUGUUUAUGGCUGCAAGAAGACAGUUCGGAGUUAGUAGUUGUUGGACGCGCGAUGGUAACAUAUUCGCUAUACGCUCCGACGGGGAGCGGCACCGUAUCUCCGAUAAGAAGGAUGUUGAUGGCGCCGUCGCUAGCGUUCCAGCGAGUGCAAGUGCCCAGCUGCCUCAGCCGUCCCAACAGUCUAAGGAUAAAGGUCGCAAGAAGGUCCCUACAAAGGAUCAAUAA